GGCACGGAGCCCCCGCUGCUGCGGGAGCCGCUCGCCCGGGGCGCGGCGGGCUUGUCACGCCCCGCGGGCGGAGUGCGCCGCAUGCCCGGCAGUGGCGGCGGGGAGCGCCGGGAAUGCCGUACAUCUGCACCAGCAAAAUAUGCUCCCUGCAAAGACAUGAGCAGCACAGCAAUCUCUGGGAGACAUUGCCGUCAUUUUGAGCCUGAAAACUGCCCCAUCUCUCCUGCCUGGUGCUGUUGGAAAACACCCUUUAUUUGUUACACAGGCUAAUCCACAGAGGAUUGAUGAGGAAGCAAAUACCUCAUCAUGAAUUGCUAAAUACUGUGUGGAAUAUCUGAAAUAGAAUUUGGGAAAAACUAAUGAAAAGGCCUUAAUUGAUUUCCCACGAUGUUUGGAAAAGCUACAAAGAAUUUUGUGAGAGAAGCUGACAGUGGAGGUGACUUGAUCCCUGUCUCCCACUUGAAUGCCUCGGACAAGCUGCAGCUUUUGAGCUUAGUUACAAAGAGGAGGAAGUUCUGGUGCUGGCAGAAGCCCAAGUAUCAUUUCUUGACUGUCACCCUGAGUGAUGUCCUUACUGAAGACAAACCAAUAAAACCAGUGAUUGUGGAGUCUGACUUUGCAAAAUACAUGGGGACGUUUGAAGGAAGCAUUGAAGGAAGUAUUGAAGCAUCAUUUGUGAAGUUCAACCUGGGAGCUGGAGGGAAGGGUUACGUGGAAAACCAGUCCUCAUUUGGAAACCUGAGGAAGCAGGAGGUUGACUUGCAGCAGCUUAUGAAAGAUGUCAAGGACAGAACAAUAGAUCUAAACAGUAGUUUACUGCAACAAGUAAUAGAAAGAAAGCGUGAGGUGUUGUGCAUCUUGAGAGAAAAGAUAAUUACAACUCAGAGGUGUACAAUAUCCGAACAUAUCCAGACAGAAGAAAAAGUCAGUGGUUUGAUGGGAUGCACUGCAACAACAAUAAAGGUUUCAGUAAGUGAGGAUGGAAGUCUGGUGAAGGAUUCUAGUGUGAUCCUUGAAAUUCCUCCUGCAACCACUAUUGCCUAUGGUGUAAUUGAACUGUUUAUAAAGCACAAUGGCCAGUUUGAGUUCUGUCUGCUAGAUGAACAGCAAGGAGGUUUUGAAAAAGAAAGUACAGAAGGCUCAGCUUAUCCCCAUUCAGUUCAAUUCAGAGAUGCUUCGUUCCUCUAUCAGCCAGAUGCUGUUGAUAAUGAGAUGCACUCUGGGGCUAAAAACCUCGUUCCCAGUGAUGCUUCUAUAAGUAUAUUGAAACAAGAUCUGUCACGGUUGAAGAUCCAGUUCCAGCCCUUUAUGAAGCUUACAGAAGACAAGCAAAGAGCUUUAUAUAAAACCCUUUGUGACCUCUUACUCCAUGAAGAAAUGGUGACUGCCCUGGGGAACACGUUCGAUGAUAUCUGCAUAGGAGACAAGCCAGAUCUGGAGGAGUUAAAACUUGAACAACAAAGAGACCUCCUUGACUUCAUGCAGCUCUUAGGGUGCAAUUUAAAGAGCGAGCUGUUGUUUCAGAAGUAUCAGCCUCAGGACGAAGAACUUUUCUCAGCUGCUCACCUUCUUAUCAGUGCUAUAUCUGAGCUGCCCGAUGACACCCUUGUCCUGCUGCGUGCCUGCUGUGAUCUUCAGGUUGUUCCAGCCUUGUGUGGUUUGCCUAACGUCGCUUCAGCUGAUGGCACUGUGGCGCUGAGCAGUCCUUUGGUGGCCACUCUCGCUGACAGAGGAAGAUUUGAGGUCGUGCAAAGGCUGUUUGCUUCAUCAAACAUUAAUCUGGAAAUGACAGAGUCUUCUGUAAAAGCUGUAACUAUGAAAGAACCGAGAUUCUUCCCACUUGUUCUUUAUGUUGCACUGUAUGGAUUUCAUGCUUUAGGUGGGAAUGUAUAGGAGCUGUACUGAGUAUCCAGUUUUUUCUGUAGCCUGUUGCUUCUUUUGUAGCUCUGUAAUUUUGGUGUGUUUAGGAUCAGCAGUAGAGCUAUUCCAUUGGUAAUUGGGGCAGCACAGCCAGGAAUUAGGGUGACCAGGGGACUCUGCAGUUUCAGUGGAAAAUACAUAAAUAAGGGAUGAAGGGGAGAAAUUAAAAAAGAGAGCCAUGGGAGAGAAACUGAACAUAGCUGCUCUGGUAGGUGUCAAAUCUGCAGGGCAGUGAAAGCCGGAUUGCUUGCAUUAAUAUGCAUGGGUGAAAACAGCAAAGUACAAACUGCGUUUUGUAAGCAAGCAAACAGGCAGGCCCUGGAAACCCAGGGUUCUGCAAUGCAGCAACUGUUUUUCUGCUGAAUGCAUUCACUCUGGAGCAAGUGCAAUGGAGGGCUCUUAAAAAGGUACUUGAUUAGAGUCUCUUAUUAAUUAUUGUUUGACUUUUAUGGAUAUGAACUGCACACUGCAGGAAAUAACAAAGCCUCUUUUUCAACCACCAAGACCCACUUUAGGGAUUUAUACCUCUGUACAGCAUUUCUGUUUUCUGCUGUUUUUACUCAUGUUUGCAAGUUUCAGCUGUUUAAACUGCAUUCUGAACUCUGGCAUGGCAAUGCCUUCUGUUGUGUGCAGGUGAAGGGUCCCUGCUGCACACCACAGAAAUGAUCAUUUUACCCAUAUGACAUUUUCAGUGCAGAUAUUUUGCUUGUUUCUUUGACUAACAGAAAGGUAUUAGUAAAGCACUGUAUGCUUUAACUAUUUUGCUUGUUUUUUCAUCAUAAUUUUUUAUAAUCAUGGAUGGAACAGAAAUGCACCAAAGAUCACUGUAAAUGUGGGCUUGGGAAGAUGUUCCAAGUAGGUGGAGUAUCAGUGCUUAGAGACGAGAUCGUGAGAUGGCUGAGAGACAAACAAGCAGGCACCUGUGUGGGGGUGAUCAGUAAACAGGCCCUGCAGCGUAGCUGGUGGUUUGAAGUUCUGCUCAGUUUCCUGCUCUAUUCCCACAUGGCCUUGAGCAGAUUGUCUAAGAAGCCUUUAAAAAGUCACAUCAGUUCAGCUUUCCUUGAGGACAUGGACUUUGCAAAAAAGCACCAUUGUGCCUUUCCACUCCUGAGACCUCAGGAUAGCUCUGCAUGCUGGGAUGUGGGCAUUUCUGCAUCUCAUCUGUUCAGUGAAGCUGAUGGUGUUGCCUGAACUUUGUGCUGGUGUAGAAGGAAAGAUCCUUUAGGAGCUGAAGCAUGGAACUCUGCUUCUGGGAGCGUUGUGUAAGUGGGACCGUUGUCUUUUGCCUUUCACUACUAAAAGUUGCCUCUGUAAUGAAUUUACAAAAACUUUCUAUUAAAUACUAUGUCAAAACAA